UGUCAAAUCACAUUGAAGUGUCACACUUGUCAAAGUUGAAAAAUUAGACAGACCACACCGACUAAAUGUGUGAUAGCCUGUUUCUCUCUGGAGAAUUUUUGUUUAAAAAUGUAUAAUUUAUUCCGUGGCAAUUUAUCUAGGCUAUUGUCUUCACAAUUGAAAACAAAUUCGGUGCGGCAAGCUAGUAAUUUAUUUGAACCAGAUUAUUUGGAUGCGUUAAAACCAAAACAUCCAAUUUAUCCAUGUGUUAAUUUCCAAAUAACUGGCUACGAUUUUGCUGUAUUGGAAUCGUUUCAUCGAUUUUUGUAUCGAACGGCCGAUUCGUAUGAUUUUGAUGUUUCUGAAUGUUGGGCGGUACCAGCAAAGGAUUUACAUGUGACAAAGCUGAAAGCAAACUCGGAGACGGUCGAGAGUGAAUUCAAAUUGAAAAUCUACGAACGAAACAUGCAGGUAUACAAUUUGUCAGCCAAUUUUUAUCCAGUUUAUUUACGUUUGAUACAAGCAGCCCUGCCAGAAGGUGUAACAUUGAAAGUAGUUGAACAUCAACCGGAUAUUCAUGAAGAAAUUCGAUAUGUGCCAGACACAGACUUAAAACAGCUUCAAGAUGAACUCGAAGAGCUUCGUAGCACCCAUAAAACCAAAAAGAAGAGUUCUUUUAGAAGAAAGAUAUAGACUGCUUAUAUUUGCAUUGUAGUUUUCAAAUAAAAAAUUUGUCAAUAAAAAUAUUUUUCUUUUCACAUUUGA